CGAUUUUUUGCCUCGGGCGUUUCAUCAGCUGCGGGAGCUAAAAACGGCACGAUGCCUCGUUUUUGAAAGCUUCUCGAGCUGAAAUUCUGCACUCCCCGGCACCACUACGCUUCGGGCGCGCCCGCUGGCGGCAGCAGACACCGCUAGGACGAUGCGCACGAAUGGAGGCCCGACGUGGCGUCACGUCGCCGCCGCGCUAGGCGUAGGCAUCCUCAUCGGCGUCGCAACGACGAAUAACUUCUACAGCCUCAGCGCGGCGCGGCCGUCGACGGAGUUCCACGAGAGCCCGUACGCGCCGGCGCCGCUGGCGCCCUACUACCCGCCGAAGCAGCCGAGACCCUACACGUCCGUGAAGCGUGUCGUACGUAAGGAGACAAAAGAGGAGCCACGCAAGCCGACGACGACACCGCAACCGCCACCGCUCAAAGCACAAGUCGACGACGACACCGAGUCCGGCAACGCCGAGGACUCCCUGGAAAGCUGGGACCUCCACGCGUCGAACGCGCGCUGCCCGUCGUCGCUGAAGGUGUAUGUCUACGAGUACCCCGGCAUGCGGGACAUGGUCUGGCACCGGCACGCCGAGGAGCAAAGACGGCAGUGCGCGCAGGGCCCGUGCCGGACGCACUUUAAUGGAGAGCAUUUAUUGGCCCAGUUCACGCUAGAACAUGUUUUGUACGACUUCUUCCGGCAGAGCUGUGUGCGGACGAGGAAUCCCGACGAAGCGGACCUGUUCUUCGUGACCCACUUCGGGGAUAUAUUAUAUAGAGCUACGGGAAGGAAAAACGACCCGUCGCCCUGGGAGCAGGCCUUGCUCGACCUCGUCGAGAAGAACGAUCCAAGGGCCUGGGAGCGCACCUUCAACACGUCGGCGAAAUACUGGCAGAGACGGCACGGCGCGGACCAUAUUCUCGUCCAGCCGGCGCCCGUGACCGGGCUCAGGCACCCCAAAGGUGUUAGAGGAUGGGGCCACUACCUCCAGCAAUUGACGGCGCCCGUCUGGAUCUCGCUGGAGUUGUCCAAGUCCUUCGCGGGCGAGUACCCCGCCUGCGCCCAAAAAAAUAUCGUGGCGCCGUACCCGAUCCCGGGUCGGGGCUGGCACAACGGCGAGUGGGGGAACGUCGCGGCGACGGCCCAAAAACGGUUGUUGGAUCCGCACCUGCCGAGCGGUGAUGGAAGACCGUUAACCACGUACUUCCGCGCGGGCGACCACGGCUGCGUGCCCGUGCGCAAGGCCAUCAAGCGCGAGUUCAAAAACGCGGCGCGGAGCCGCGGCGGCGUCGGCGACCAGGCCUUCGUCCUACGGGACCGGCCGGUCAAGAUCAAGGACGAAGACACUUUCAGGAGACGCGUCGCGGCCCUGCCGCGCCAGGCCGCCAUGUUCCUGGCGGAUUUUUGUCCGUGCCCCGAGGGCGACUCGCCGUCGGCGAAGCGCCAGUACGACGCCGUAAUAGCGGGCUGCGUGCCCGUCGUCGCGUCGGACGACGCGCUCUGGGCGUUCAGCAACGAGGCGGGCCUCGACGGGCCCCUGGACCCGUCGGAGUUUGCUUUACAUGUGCCUGAGGCGGGCCUGGCGCAGCGCAACGCGUCGCUGCUCGAGGCGGUCGACGCCGCGCGGAGUCGACUCGACGCGCUGCGUUCGCACGGCUCGAAGGCGGCGUGGGCCUACCGCUAUUAUCCGUGAGGAAAUCAAAUUUCGGGCGCUCCACGCCAUCGACGCGAUAACUCACUGGUUGAUUUCCACACAGGCUACUACGCGCCCGGCGCCUACGAGCACGACCCGCUCGUGCAGGGACGCUUCCCCGACGGCGGCGCGACGAAGGUUCUGGUGCGCGAGCUCGAGCGGCGAGCCCGCGGAAGCCGCUGGCCCGCGUGCGAGGCCGAGGCGAAGCGCCCGCACAUGAAGUUCACCAAACAGUUUUGCGGCGCCGUGCCCGUCCAAGCGGAGCUGCGCAAGUACCGCGCGGCGCUCGCACGCGCGCCGAACGACGCCGCACGCGCGCCGAUCCGUGCCGCGAUCGCCGCGUACGAGGCGGGGCGGAUCUACCGGUGAGAACUAGUAAUUUUGUUGUCAAACUUA